AACCCGCUUUCGUCGUCGUCGUCUUCUUCGUCUCGCCCGUGUAGUACGCAGUAGCUCGCUUCGUCUCCGCGAGCCCCAACAAUGGCGGGCUACGUCCCGCUCAGCGGCGGCGACCCCGAAACCGAAGCCAUAGCCGAAGCCAGGGCCGACCCGCCGAAGCCGAAGCCAUCGAGAGCCCCUCGCCUCGCCUCCCUCGACGCCUUUCGUGGCCUCUCCAUCGCCCUUAUGAUUUUUGUCGACUAUGCUGGCUCGAUUGUCCCGAUCGUUGCUCACUCCCCGUGGAAUGGUGUGAGGUUGGCGGAUUUUGUGAUGCCAUUCUUUCUUUUCAUUGCUGGCGUUUCUCUUUCACUAGUUUACAAGAGAGUAUCUAACAAAUUUCAAGCAACUCAAAAGGCGAUUGCGAGAGCAGUAAAACUUUUUUUGCUCGGUGUUCUUCUUCAAGGUGGCUACCUUCAUGGAAUUAAUACCUUGACUUUCGGUGUCGAUAUUGAGAAAGUACGUUGGCUCGGUAUUCUACAGAGGAUUGCUAUUGGAUAUUUAAUUGCUGCUUUAUGUGAAAUAUGGCUUUCAAGCAAAAAGAAUGAUAUGAGGGGUGGAGUUUUCAAGGACUACUAUCUUCACUGGGCUGUCAUACUUUUGCUCUCUGGCAUAUACCUGGGAUUGUUAUAUGGCUUGUAUGUUCCCGAUUGGCAAUUCAGAGUGCAGGAGACAACUUUGAAUUCUUCCAUUGAUGAUGGCUAUGUUCUUAAAACAGUGAAGUGCGGAGUUCGAGGUGAUCUUGGACCAGCAUGUAAUUCAGCUGGAAUGAUUGAUCGUUUGGUCCUUGGCAUUGAACACCUAUACAAGAAACCUGUUUAUAGGAACUUGAAGGAGUGUGCAGCUUUCCAGGAUAGUCAAGAUUUAGACACUUUACCUUCAUGGUGCCUAGCUCCAUUUGAUCCUGAAGGGAUUUUAGGCUCCUUGAUGGCUGCUGUCACUUGCAUAAUUGGACUUCAAUACGGUCACAUUCUUGUUCAUUUUGAGGAUCACAAAGAUCGGCUUGUCCACUGGUUAUCGUUGUCCCUUUCUAUAUUUUUACUUGGGUUACUUCUAUCAUUUAUAGGUAUUCCCCUCAACAAGUCACUAUAUACAACUAGCUAUACAUUGCUAACAACAGGCUCAGCUGGGUUCACUUUUUCUGCUCUUUACUUAUUGGUAGAUGUCUAUGGGCAUAGGUGGACGACUUUUGUGUUUGAACACAUGGGAAGGCAUUCUCUUAGCAUCUUUAUUCUUGUUCCAUCAAAUGUAGCUAUCAUUCUGAUACAAGGAUUCUAUUGGAGGAGCCCAAAUAAUAACCUUGUUCAUUGGGUUGUAUCGUUUUUCGUACACAAAUGACACGAAUGGAUGCCAAAAUUCUUCUUAUUUUUGAAUGGUCUCACUGUAUUCAAAAUGACUACUAUGCAGGGAAGUACUUCCUAUUUACAUCGAGCUCUACAUAGAAGUAAUUUACUAUUAUCUACUCACAGCUGUGGCUGAUCAAGGAUUGGCCCCCCAUACGGCGUGGCUAUUCCAACAUGCUUAUUACACAGGCACUUUUGGCGACCAGCAUUGCCUCUGUAGCGCACGCAGGAGACGGAAAAUCAGUGAUUUUUUAGGGGAGUUGGUACGGGCUCAUACUUAUGUACCGCAUUGAAGAGGUAAAGUAACUUCGACGAUUCCUUAGAAUAUAAGUUGGCUCAAAGAAUAUAGAUUAAGAGUCCUCCCACCAUGUUGCAUUCAUUAGUGUGUGGAAUAUUAAUUGAUCUUGUAUGGACGGUAGCUUGUCAAAUGAAACUUUAGAAUCUCACCUAUUCUAUUUUAUAGGCAUGAUGAAAAGUUUUUUUCUUCGUCCUACAAUGUUUACAUGGUAAUUAAUCACUAUGUUUUUAGCACUUAGCUGUUCAAAUACCUUCUAGUCAAUUGAAUGAUUUACAUUA